AUGAAGUGUGCGGUGGCAUUAGUUCUGGCCCUCAUCGGCAUAGCGGUCGCCAACCCUGUCCCACCGCUGGGGCUGGGCAUCGCCUCCCCUGUCGUGUUGCCAUCAUACUCCGUCAGCUCCAGCGUCAUCAACCACGGCGUGACGAUCCCGCGCGUUGUGGUGUCCGCCCCCAUCGUCCGCCACGUGGUCUCGGCCCCCAUCGUCACCGCACCCAUCAUCCGCACCCCCGUCAUCGCCGCCCCCGUGUCCGUCGGCUGGGGCGGCCUCGGCGGCCUCGGCUGGGGCUCAAGCCUCGGCUCUUGGAGCGGCUACGGCUGGGGCAAAGGAUGGCACUAA